GAGGAAUGCCUGGCUAUUUGACUAACUCAAUGCUAACUGACACAACAAAAAACUUGACUCAACAUGAGCUGCUGUCAAAAAAGUAUGAGGAUGAUCCACAAUUAAGAGGUUCUUUGCGCACUAUCUCACGCAGCUUGAACAGAGUAAGUGGAGAUAUAAGGAGGUCUCUUCUCAAAGAAAAUGAUGUUGAUAUGAGCACUAGUCAGAGUACACAUUUUUACACACAAAGAGAAUUAAACGAAGCUCUAAGAGAUGUGCUGAAUAAAACUCCAUCACCUGUCAAUUUACAUUUAAGAAGCGAUUGGUAUAUCAAACCAAUUCAUUUAACAUCUUCAGUAAAAAUUCCAGUGAGUGAAGAAGACAUGCUAGCUACAAAGUUUUUUCCUGUGACACUUGGAGAAAGUAAAUCUCUAGAGAUGGUUAAUACAAUAAAGCCUGGGAAAAGAAAUGUCUCUAGACAAGUAGCUGAGGCUUCUUUUUCUAGAACACAAUCUAUACGAGGAUUGGUAAAUGAUACUGAUUUCUUAACAGCAGCAGCUCCACACAUAAAAUCAUCAAGCAUUACCUUUAUAUAUCCAUAUGCUGAAGAACUGGCUAGGCUACGAAUGGAAAAGUUGCGUAUUGAGGAAGAGCAAUAUAUUGAGCUAAAAAGGCAAGCUGAAUUAGAGCGGAUCCGUGGGCCAAGACCGAAUUGGUAUGAACUCAAGACACCACAAUUUCAUCUAGAAGCAAGUAAAAACAAUGAGCUUUUACGCAAUUCAGAUAAAUGGGAUGAUCUUCUACAGUACAGAGAAAAUCUAAUCAAUGCAACUAAGCAUAAAGAACUAGCAUUAAGUGUUCAAGCAUAUUAAUAUUAUAACGUCAUUUGUAGAUUUAUAAAAAGAUAAAUGUUUCUAUAGUAAAAUUUCCCCACUUAUAUCUUUUGGAUAUAUUUGAAACUACACACAUACACAAAUAUUUAUAUAUGUUUCUCAUAGAUCGAACUAUCCAUUCCUGUCUGAGCCCUAUUCAUUUUAUGUAGCAUUUAUCAUAUGAAUAUUUUUUAAAGUACAAAAUUUGAUUUGUUGUUUCAUUAUGGGACUUUGCCAGUAACAUAUACAAAUUGACCAAUAUAUUAAAAAGAAUAAACACAUGCUCAAUUAAUCCUAUAAGGGUGAUGUUUUAAAAUAGAAU